AUUCUAGAGAAAAGACGACAUGCUUUUGCAUACGGCGAUAGGAAACUUGGUGCAGCAAAUAUCGAUCCGAUUCGCAUCGAUACAGGAGAUGCACACCCUAUCUCUACACCUCCCUAUCACGCUUCGCCUAAGGGUAAACAGAUUGUCGAAGAUACCGUUGCCAAAUUAUUAGCAGACGAUAUCAUCAAGCCCUCUGAGUCCCCAUGGGCAUCUAACGUCGUUCUCAUAUCACAGAAAGAUAAAAUCAGAUUU